AUGGCGGAUACUUCGAUGGACUACUCGGAGUAUUCCGAGAACGAAAACAGCCCAAUGCCAGUGGCAAAGGGGAAGAAAGCUGCUGUGGCGAAGAAAGCGCCGUUGGCGGACGGCAACGUUACCGCCGGUGGUGGUGGUAAGACGACUAAAAAAGUUGCCAUCGAGGACAUUUACCAAAAGAAAACACAAUUGGAACACAUCUUGUUGAGACCGGACACGUACGUCGGGUCGUGCGAAAAAGCGGAAGAGACGGCGUGGGUGUACGACGCCGCUGAGAACAAGUUGGUGCAGAAAACCGUCGCGUUUACGCCGGGUUUGUAUAAAAUCUUCGACGAGAUUUUGGUCAACGCGACAGAUAAUAAAGUCAGAGAUCCGACGAUGAAAGAGUUGCGAGUGGAUAUCGACAAGGAGAAAGGGACGAUUUCGGUCAUGAAUGGCGGGAAAGGGAUCCCGGUGGAGAUGCACAAAGAGGAAGGCGUGUACGUCCCGGAGCUUAUUUUUGGACAUCUUUUGACGUCGUCCAACUAUAACGACAACGAAAAGAAAGUCACCGGCGGUCGUAACGGUUACGGCGCAAAGUUGGCGAACAUUUUCUCGCACGAGUUCAUCGUGGAAACGUGCGAUGGUAGUCGCGAGAGACAAUACAAGCAAGUGUUUAAGAACAACAUGAGCGAGAAAGGGGAACCGAUAAUUACCAAGUGUAAGAAAUCCGACAACUGGACCCGAAUUACGUUUAAACCAGACUUUGAGAAGUUCGGGAUGACUGAAUUGGAAGACGAUUCCAUCGCGUUGAUGUCGAAGAGAGUGUACGAUUCCGCAGGUAUCAUCGGGAAGAACACGAAGAUCUUUUUGAACGGCGAACAGAUCAAAGUCAAGAGCUUCUCGGAAUACGUCGAUAUGUAUUUGCAAGACACGGAGAACGCGCCGAAAGUUUACGAAGCGCAAGGCGAUCGUUGGCAAGUGUGCGUGACGGUGUCGAACACGCAGCAGUUCCAGCAGUGCUCGUUCGUGAAUGGUAUUUGCACCAUGAAGGGUGGGACGCACGUCGCCAACAUCGCCGACGGCAUUGCGGGCGAGUUGUUGAAGAAGAUUCAAAAGAAGGAAAAGUCGUGCAAGAACUUGAAGUCGUUUCAAGUGAAGAACCACUUGUGGGUGUUCGUGAACGCGCAAAUCGAGAAUCCGGCGUUUGAUUCGCAAACGAAAGAGACGCUCAUCACGAAAGCUUCGAACUUUGGCUCCAAGUUCUCCGUUUCCGACAAACUCAUCAAGCAGUUGAUGGCCACGCCGUUGGUUGAGAACAUCAUGUCGUGGGCUCAGUUCAAACAAUCCAAGGACUUGAAGAAGACCGAUGGUGUCAAGCGAUUGCGAUUGACUGGUAUUCCGAAGUUGGACGAUGCGAACAACGCCGGCGGACGCAACUCGAAAGACUGCACGCUGAUUUUAACCGAGGGGGAUUCUGCCAAAGCGUUGGCGGUUUCCGGUUUGUCCAUCGUCGGAAGAGACAACUACGGGGUGUUUCCGUUGAGAGGGAAGUUAUUGAACGUUCGCGACGCUUCGUUUGAUCAAGUAAAGAACAAUGUGGAAAUCACCCACAUCAAACAGAUUUUGGGCUUGCAACACGGCAAAACGUACGACGAAGAUUCCAUCAAGACGUUGCGAUACGGGAAGUUGAUGAUCAUGACGGAUCAAGAUCACGAUGGUUCGCACAUCAAAGGUUUGUUAAUCAACUUUCUGCACGCGCACUUCCCGUCUUUGUUGAAAAUUCCGGGUUUCUUGUUGGAGUUCAUCACGCCCAUCAUCAAGGCGACGAAGGGCCAACAAACGCGCGUAUUUUACACGUUGCCGGAAUACGAAAACUGGAAGCUCGUCAACAACGACGGUAAAGGCUGGGCCAUCAAGUACUACAAAGGUCUCGGUACGUCCACGGCAAAAGAAGCGAAGGAGUAUUUCGCUGCGAUUGAGUUGCACCGCAAGACUUUUUGCUGGGAAUCCGACGGCGACGGAGAUUUGAUCGACAUGUCCUUCUCCAAGAAGAGAGUCGAAGAUCGUAAAAGGUGGUUGUCCGCGUACGAAGAAGGAACGUUCUUGGACCAAAGCGGCGAGACCGUUCGGUACGAUGAGUUUAUCAACAAAGAGUUGAUUCUCUUCUCCUUGGCGGAUUUAAUGCGUUCUAUUCCAUCCGCCAUUGAUGGUUUCAAGCCUUCGCAACGAAAAGUUAUGUUUUCGUGCUUCAAGAGAAAGUUGAAGUCGGACAUCAAAGUCGCGCAAUUGAGCGGUUACGUCUCGGAACACUCCGCCUAUCACCACGGCGAAGCGUCUCUUGCGUCGACAAUCGUUAAUCUCGCUCAAGAUUUCGUUGGGACGAACAACAUCAACUUGUUAGUCCCGAGCGGUCAGUUUGGUACGCGUUUGCAAGGCGGGAAGGACCACGCGUCGCCGCGUUACAUUUUUACGCGUUUGGCGCAGUUGGCCAGAGUUGUAUUCCCGGAAUGCGACGACGCGUUGUUGAACUACAACGACGAAGACGGUCAAAAGAUUGAACCGACGUAUUACAUGCCGGUUAUUCCAACUGUUUUGAUUAACGGCGCCGAAGGUAUCGGAACGGGAUGGUCUACUUCGAUUCCAAACUACAACGCGAGAGACGUCAUCAGCAACGUUCGCGCGAUUUUGAACGAAGAAGAGCCAACGCAAAUGAUGCCGUGGUACAGACACUUCAAGGGUGAAAUCACCGAGGAAAUCUUCAAGGGCGAGCGAAGAUUCAUCGCCACUGGCUCGUAUCACAUCCGAGACGAGUGCACGUUGGAAAUCACCGAGUUACCGUUGCGCACGUGGACGCAAGACUACAAGGAGUUCUUGGAAGAACUCAUUGCGCCAAAGGACAAGAAAGCUCCGUUCAUUACCGAUUACAAGGAGUAUCACACGGAUACAUCGGUGCAUUUUGUCAUCACCAUGCCUCCGGCGAACUUGGCCAAGGCUGAAGAAGAAGGCAUCGUGAAGAAGUUCAAGUUGGCGUCGAAAAUUUCGUGCUCCAACAUGCACGCGUUCAACGAGCACUCGAUCAUCACCAAAUACGAGUCCGCAGAGGAUAUCAUGAAAUCGUUCGUUCCUUUGCGAUUGAAGGCGUACGAAGAGAGACGUCAAAUGCUCAUCAAAGUUGCCGAGUCGGAACUCAAGCGUUUGGCGAACAAGACGCGUUUCAUCUUGGCGGUUGUCGAAGGCUCCUUGGUGGUCAACAGAAAGAAGAAGGCUGAGUUGGUCGAAGAGCUCGAGAUGAUGAUGUACGAUAAGUUACCAAAGACGAAGACGUCUGCGUCUGCGGCGGCGGCUAUCGUUCAAACGGACGAGAACGACAUCGCGGCGGAUGAAUCCGACGACGCCAACGCGUCCUACGAUUACUUGCUUUCCAUGCCUUUGUGGAACUUAACUUUGGAGAAGGUUGAAGAUUUGGUCACGGAAAAGGAAGAGAAAGAAGCCGAAGUCGCGCUUUUGAGAGGAACGACGGAUAAGGACUUGUGGUUUACGGAUUUGGACGCGUUAGAGGAGAAUUUGGAUCAACUCGAAGACGACGACGUCGCGGCUGAGGAAGAGAUGCAAAAGCAAGUGCGCGCGGCGGCAAGAAACAACACCAAGGCUGGACAAAAAGCGCUCGCGAAGAAAAAGAAAGCGAUCAAGAAGAAAGCCAUGGACUUUGACUCGGACGCUUCGGAUUCUGAGAUCGACGAGGAUUUCUCGGACGACGACUUUGAAGUCACCAAGCCGAAGAAACGAGCGCCGGCGAAACCGAAAGCGGCUCCCGUUGCCGCCGCACCGAAAGCAGUUCCAGUUCGCGCUGCCGCCCCUGCGCCGGUGGUUGCUCCUGCUGCGGAUUCCGACGACGACGACGUUCCUCAGUUAUCAUUGGCGGAGCGAUUGUUACAAAAGGCCUCCUCCGGUUCCGUACAAGCCAAGCGUCAAGACUCGUUUAACUUUGACGCCGUUUCAAAGAUGGUCAACGAAGUCGCCAACGAGAAACCAGCGACUGCGUCGGCAGAUAAGCCAGCUGCGACGAAAAAAGCCACUCCGGCAAAGAAAUCAGCCGCUGCUGCGAAGAAACCCGCUCCGGCAAAGAAGAAGAAGAAAGCCGAGGAUUCGGACUCGGACGUUUCGUUUGGUGACGACGACGACGACGACGCGGAGGAUGUCGUCGCGGAAGUCGCUGCGAAACCGGCGGCGCGCGCGGGGAGAAAUGUCCAACGUAAAUCCUACAAAGUCGACGAUUCCAGCGACGACGAAGAGGAGAGCGAUUUUGACGACGACGAGGACGAGGAGGAUGAUUUCGACAGUGACUUUGAGUAA